AUGCGCGCGUUCGCGACGAAGGCUGUCAGACUAUACCUGACCGCGGACUUGCAUGCUGACACCCCCGAAGGUGCCGUUAUCACGGCGGCGGAUUUGCCGGCCACCACGAUGCCGGCAUGGAGCUUCACUGCCGGUGGCCUGGGCUUGGAGCCGUGCAGCGCUGGUCUGGUGGAGCGGGACCUCCUGUCCUACCUCUGGGGCCGAGGCUGCUGGGCCUCAGGAGUUGCGCUGGCGUGCGACAGCCUGGGGAGCAGCCUCGGCUUCGCCGCGGCGCCCUUCCACGGCGGGGGCCCUCGGCGUCGCGGGCUGGGCCUGGGGUGCGGUGACUGCGGCCACGGCCCCCAGCGCGAGCUGCCGAUCGCGCCCAUGCCGUGCCUCACGCCGGCGCUCCUCGCCGCCGCGAGCGCGGCAUCCGCCCUGGCCGCGGCGGCGCACGCAGCGCCCCGCGGCGGCCCGGCCGGCGGCGGCGCCGCCGCGGGCGGCGUCCGCCCGGCCGUGCGCGCCUCGGCCUCCGCCGCCGCCGCCCCCGCGGCCGCAGCGGCCCGCGGCGGCCGCGCGGGUGAGCGGGCGGCCGCGGCCCCGGCGAGCGAGCGGCGCGCCGCGGCGGCCCGGGCUCCCGGGGGAGGGUCCAGGCCCAGCCCCGAGGCGCUGGGCGCGCUGGGGCAGGUGCCCGCUUCGGGCCCCGGCAUCGCCGGCGCUGGCCGAGGUGCCGCCGGCGAGGGCGCGCCGCCGGGCACGCCGGGCGCGGAGGCGCCGGGCACGGCGAGGCAGGUGUUCGGUCAGGAGCCCAUGGGAGACGCGCCAGUUUCUCAGCGGCAGACCGACUGGCGAGCCGGGGUCGCGGCACGGCGAGAGCGCGCAUGGAACGUGGGCGCGAUUGUGGGGAACAACGAGCGUGAGUGCGAGCAUUGCAAGGACAACCAGACGCGGCUUCUGUGGCCGACGCAUAUUGCGUUGGAUACCCACGCCGCGAAGUGGGAGUUGCAGGGCAUGGAGAAGCCGGGCCUGGAACCCAUGUUGCUCUUCGCCGGACAGCUCGCGCUGCGGAGCGCGCGCAGCACGCGCGGCCAGGAGAGCCGCGCCGUGCCGCGCGCGGCGCCGGCCGCGCAGCGCGCCGAGGGCCCGGCCGGCGCCGCGGCCCGGGCGCCCCGCGGGGCCGCGGACGCGGCGUGCCAGACGAGCGCGGAGGAGCGGGAGGCCUGCGUGAUCUGCCUGCAGGGGCCGCGGACCCACGCGUUCGCCCCCUGCGGGCACCUGUGCGUCUGCGCCGCGUGCGGCUGGGAGCAGGUGCGCAGUGCUGCCUCCUGCGCCACCAGGGCCAGGUGCCCCCUCUGCCGGAAGACCGCCGACGACGUGCUGCGGAUAUUUGAUUGGCUCGACCCAGGCGGCGCCUCAAGGUGCGCCGUCGGCGGUGGCGGGCCUGGCCCGGGCCUCCCCGGCGCGGCCUCGCCCCCCGACGGGGGCGGCCAGCCGCCGCCGCCGCCGCCCGCGGCCGUGAGGCGCCCCCGCUUCCGGCUGGUGAACCGGAAGUGCGCCUCGGGCGCGGGGCCCCGCCGGGGCCUCCCGGGCACGGUGGGCUGCCCCGAGGAGCUGGCACCUGGCGCAGUGGGGGGCGCGGCGUGCCAGACGCUCGGGCGAGGCCUGUGCGCCCGGUGCGGGGUGUCCCCGGCGACGCACGCGGCCGUGCCCUGCGGGCACCUGUGCGCAUGCGGGCCGUGCGCCAGGAGCGCGGCGUGCCACCCGUGCCCGGUCUGCGCGCGCACGACGCAGCGGCGCUUCCUGAGGAUCUUCGGCUGACCGCCGCGGCGCCUGGCAGACUCCUCGAUGACAGGCCCGCGGCGGCGCGAGGAGGAGAUCAGCUCCGCCGCGGCCUGGCCAUGGCCCCCUCGCGGAAGGUGGCCCGGCCUCGACGCCCGCUUGAGCGGCACGCUCGCCGCGUCCGCUGGGGGCACCUCCCUCGCGCUGGCCGGCGCCGUGCUACGCUCUGCCGCAUGCCGCUCUCCCCGGGGCGCUCGAAUCGGGGGACCUGCCCGGCGUUGCCCUUCGAUCACAGCGGGCGUUCUCGCUCCAGCUCGGGCCCCCUUGGGCCCUCUCACAGAUCGACCCAGUGGGGUCCAGGGCGCC